AGAGAUGUGUCUUGGCUCUUCUGAGAGCAGAGAGGGAUCUGUUUCUGAGUAGGGUUGUGUGUGGCUGACCAACGUUACUGAGCUACUGCAGAGCAAAUCGGGCUUCUUAUAUUUAGCCUUGCGACGUGCGCCCUACGGAUUAUGUCUUGGGCGCCUCGGGUUUCGCCUUCAGUACGUUUGUGGGUGUGGAGGGGGUCCGGUAUCUGGUGGAAGGCCUCUCUUCAGCUUUCUUUACCUCUUUCUCACACCCUCACACAGGAAAAGGCUGUUUACGGUGACAUAGUCGUUUCCCAUUCUGGAAGGCUAUUUGGAGGUUACAGAUAGUAAGAAAAACAGUCGCAGAGGACAUAGCAGUGUUAGACUACAGCUUCUAAUCUGAUACAACUAGAGAACACUAACUAGGUUUUUGCAAACCAUUGGAGGGACCUCAUUUUAGUGCGGAGGCACAUUGAGGUCAUAGUUCAAAAGGGGUCAUGGAUACACUGGCAUUAGAGGCGAAGGCAACUGGGCAAGAAAAGAAAAGUUCAGCCCCAAGACCAAGACCUAAACCACCCAAAAAGGCCAAAAGGAUUGUUUACUUUGAGGUUGAAAUCGUGGAUGCAAAGACAAAGGAGAAGCUACUACUCUUGGACAAAGUUGAGCCAACUUCUACUAUUUUGGAUAUUAAGGCUUUGUUCCACAAAUCAAAUCCCCAGUGGUACCCAGCCAGACAGUCCUUACGCCUGGAUCCUAAGGGUAAGUGUCUGAAGGAUGAGGACGUCUUGCAGACACUUCCUGUUGGAACCACGGCCAGCUUCUACUUCUCUGACCUGGGGGCCCAGAUCGCCUGGGGCACUGUCUUCCUAUCAGAGUGUUACGGACCACUGCUCAUCUACUUGAUGUUCUACUUCCGCCUGCCUUUCAUCUACGCCCCAAAGUAUGACUUUAGCAGCAGCAAGCACUGGGUUGUACAUUUGGCCUGCAUGUGUCACUCCUUCCACUAUGUGAAGAGAAUCCUUGAGACGCUGUUCAUCCACCGAAUCUCCCAUGGUACCAUGCCACUGAGAAACAUCUUCAAGAACUGCAGUUAUUACUGGUGUUUCGCAGCAUGGAUGGCCUACUACAUCAACCAUCCCCUCUAUACACCGCCCUACUAUGGGCAACAGCAAGUGAAGACAGCACUCAUUAUAUUCUUAUUCUGUCAGGUCGGCAACUUCUCCAUCAACAUCACUCUACGCAACCUCAAAUGUCCAGGUUCAAAGGUCAAGAAGAUCCCACACCCAACUAAGAAUCCAUUCACCUGGAUCUUCGCGUUGGUGUCUUGUCCCAACUAUACAUACGAGGUGAGGCUUUCUAGUAAAGAAUGCUGGGGUCGUGGAUGGGCUUCACAGUGAUGACCCAGUGCUUGCCGGUGGCUUUCUUCACCAUUGUGGGCUUUGUCCUGAUGACGGUGUGGGCCAGGGGAAAGCACCGAAACUACCGCAAGGAGUUCCGUGACUACCCCACCCUGCGCUCCCCUAUACUGCCCUUCAUCCUUUAGUCAGAGAGGGGCUGGUCCCACACAUAACUUCACCCAUUUCAGCCCCACUGCAGUAUACAGCUGGUGUUUCUGACUGGGUAGGUUGGAAGGAGUCGUUGGAAUAGUUCAACUACACUGUGACUGGUUUUGGGGAGUUGAAAACCCCUUUGAUGACUUAAAAGCAGAUGAGUCUUAAUCUGAUGUAAUGUGUACUACCGGUAUCUACUGUACAUGUCAAUGUGUGGAGGCACAAAUUCAUGGGGAAAAAAAUACUUGUUUUACUAAAGUGGUGACUUAACUGUCGACUAAACUGUU